GUACUCCAUCCGUCCCAAAGUUAUUGUCCAAUUUGAAAUUUUACUUUUAGUACAAUUUGAACUAGAAAUGAAAAUGCAAACUGAACAAUAAUUAUGGAACGGAGGAGUACUGCUACUUGGAAAUUAGAAAUUUUUUUCAUCAACAACCAAAAAAAAUCCUUCGGCCCAAUUUAGGCCCAUUUGAAAUCAACUUUUAGGCCCAAAUGACGUCGCCGCUUGCCCCAAAGGUCGGUCAAAAUCUCCACUCUCCUUUUUUUUUCUGGUUCCUUUCUUCUACAAUUGAGAGUUGUAUUGUUGUUGUACUUGAAAUAUAGAAUCCUCUUUGUAACUUCAUCGUUUUGCCGCAUUCGAGGAAUCAAAUUUCACCCGUUUGUCUGUACGCUAAUUCCUUUAUUUUUCAUACCUCGAUUGCCUUCAUGUCCAAGAAUCAAUCAGUUAGGCGUUUGUGGAAUACGGGUUUUACUAUUGGGUUGUUGAGGAAACAAGAUUAUCAGAGGUUUUUAUUCGGUAUUUUAAGUCGGCGCCAGUCUCAAUGGCCCUCCCAAAAGCCCGAAAAUGGAACUGGGGAGAGGAAACACGGCGGGUUGAAUGAUUCCAAACAGGGCUCACAACUUCCUCUUAAAACUAAUGUAAAUAAAGACUAUGUUCCAACCAGAUAUAGCUCGGAUGAAGAUGAUUUCAUUGGCAACAGUAGUAGUGAUGAUAAUAGUAAUAAAUGGAAGCUUGAACUUGAUUGGCUUACUAAGCCUCUUGAACCUGCACUUCAACUUUGUAAAUGGGCUCUUCCUUCAGGCACUGGAAUUGGGGAUAGACCACCUCCUACGACUAGAUCCAUUUCAGAGAUCUUCGCAAGCAUCCAAAGGAGUAAGAUUGGACUUCAGGAUUGGAGUCUUAGUGAUCUUACUGUAGGCUUGUAUUUAAUUUAUCUGCAGCAAGCUUCCAAAGGCCUGGUUGAGAAUGUCAAGGGCGAGCAGAUAUUUUCUGAAUCAACUGUUCACGAUCUCAUCUACCACAUGGAAUUAGCCAAAGGGGCUUACAAGGAUAAUCCUCGCAUAUUAGCCAAGAUUAGCAUGCUUCGUGAAAGCAAUGUUGUAAAAUUUGUAAAUAACUCUAGUGUAUUGAGACCUGGGUAUUAUGUAGGUAUUGAUGAAAGAAGGAAAAAUGUAGUACUUGGAAUACGUGGAACACACACGUUGUACGACCUCGUUACUGACAUUGUAUCUUCGAGUCAUGAAGAACUCACGUUUGAAGGCUAUUCCACACAUUAUGGGACAGCUGAAGCAGCUCGAUGGUUUCUUCAACAUGAAAUAGAGACCAUAAAGAUGUGUCUAAAUAGACACCAGGGAUUUAGGUUACGGAUUGUUGGUCAUUCCCUUGGAGGUGCAAUAGCUUCUUUGCUGGCAAUAAUGCUGCGUAAAAGGUCUAUGAAAGAGCUUGGAUUUGACCCCCAAAUUGUUUCAGCCGUUGGGUUUGCCUCUCCACCUUGUGUUUCGAGGGAACUGGCUGAAAGUUGUUCUGACUAUGUUUCGACAGUAGUAAUGCAGGACGAUAUCAUCCCAAGAUUAAGUGUUGGUACAUUGACAAGAUUGAGAAACGAAAUUAUUCAAACGGAUUGGGUUACUGUUUUAGAGAAGGAAGACUGGAAAAGAGUAGUUGGCCUUGUAACAAAUGCAAAGCAGGUGGUGUCUUCUGUGCAAGAUGUGACUCGGAAGCUCGCUGAUUAUGCUAAGUUAAAAGGCCCAACCACUUUUGAUGGUAUUUUUUAUAGCCUGUCACUCUCGGUUGCAUCAAAUGUUCGCUCUUUGAUAAAUGUAAACGUUUUGUUGAUAAUGAUGGCCAUGUUUACGCAAAGAUGUGCAUAGUAUAAUUACUACUCACAUGUCAUACUUGCUUAGUCUCAUCAGUGGCUGUGCAGUCCCUCUUUGAACUGUCAGUUGAAAAUUACUACAUCUGCUCAGUCAAAUCAUUCAUGCAUCAUUUAGGGAUAAGUCUCUUACAUAUAUCUGAUGUUUACGUCGCAUGAUGGGUUGUAGCAGAUAGUUCAGUUAAUAUGCUUAAAUUCUGAUGCUAUUUGGCAGUUACAUAAAAUGCAAAAGGCGAGCUUUUCUCAUUUUAUUUUUAUUCCGGUUAAGCAAAGCUCUCUCAUUUAGAGUUCAUGUAGUUUCUCUUUUAGGAAGGUCGAAACUUAUCACAUAUGAGGUCAGAAAUCAUAAAAAGCUGAACUACUGCUGGAUGUUGCCUAACAUAAUAUGACAGCUACAGAAGUUGUUUCGAGUUUAUCUUGUGAUAGUUUAAUUUGGUUAUGUUUCUUCUUUGUGUUAGGAAUAAGUGUCAAGUGUGUCACUCAAGAUCUCAUAGUACUCUGGAUGGUAUUUCUAGCUAAGUUGUGAAAUUGAUUUUUGUGUCACUUUACGACAUUGUCUUGUACUGUGUCUUCUAAGCUAUUGUUUCUAAGGUCAAGUAAGCUGUGGAUAAAUCUAUCACAAGGUAAACACUUCUUUGUUAUAAUAUUCUUUCAUUUCAUGUUGUAGUUGAAUCAGCUGAAGCUCAUUCUAAAGCGGAAAUAUCCGAUUCAUCAUUGCCUGAAGAAUUGGUCGUCCCAGGGUCUCUUUACUACUUGAAGAGGAAUGUGGUUUGUCAGAAAGAUGGCAAAUCUGAGGAAUUUUUCACCCUUUGGAAGAGGCAUCCAGGUGAACACUUUGAGAGAAUACUGCUCUCUAGCAAUUUAAUUUCGGACCAUAAAUGUGAUUCACAUAUCUAUGCUUUAAGGGAUGUACUCAAAGGUUUGCCAGGGUCCCUUGAUGAUGGUCUUUUCAGAUAAACAAUUCUGCGAAUUUUGUCAUUUUUUGAAUUCAAAUGUAAAAGCUGUGUGAAAGUAGUGUUGCUGAGAACUAAGCUGAGGCAAUUUUUUUUGGCAUAAAUUCACCUCUGUAAUGUUGUUACAUUAACUGUGCUACCGAGUAUGGUCUCCCUCCGUUGCUGUUGCAUCUGGUCUCAAUAAGCCAUUCAACCCUUUUGGCUAUAGUUGUUUGACUUGGGGGAUUAACAUAUUUGACAAAAUUACUUGAGAUUAAAUUCUCAUUUAAAUGACAUUUCAUAAUUUGUACUUUCCGUCCCAAAUUUGAAGUCAAGCUUUUAUAUAUUGUAUUGAAAC